UUGUCACGUGAUAUGGUGUACUUGGCGAGGAAACUGAGGUCAAUCAACCGGUGGUUGCAGCAUUCACUUUUGCCGAGGUCGACCAACGAUGGAGUCUUUCGAGUGUGAUGUUGUUGUUAUCGGGGCAGGAUUGUCAGGGCUGUCCGCUGCUUUUUAUUUAUGGAAAAAAGACAGAGGUCUCAGAAUUGCAAUAGUUGAAGCCAAAGACAGGAUCGGUGGACGUACUUUGACGAGACAGAUUUCUUCUGCUGAUGGCACUAAAGACUUUUGGGAUUUGGGUGGAGAAUGGGUUGGCAGACCACAGCCCCACCUGCACUAUUUGUUGCGCAAAUUCCACAUCAACACAUUCAACCCAGUUGCCCCUCAGGGUGGUUCUGAAGCCGUCAAUGUUCCUGUCUUAUCAUGGCAAACACGACUGGACUUGAUGCAGUUCACUUGGAAAUUGAAGCGGUUAAGGAAAAAACUUGCAGGAGGAGACCUAAAAAAUUCCGUUCACGCACUUGUGUGGGAUGGCAUCAGUUUUGAGAAGUACAGAGAGGAAAACUUGUGGACUCAAGAGGCUAAAAAUCUUGUGGAUGCUGCCUGCAGAUGUAUGUUUGGUCUGGCCCCAGCAGAAAUGACGUUGCUCUACUUUCUCAUGUACAUUAGGUCUGCUGGUGGUUUGCAGAUAUUUGAUCGGCCAGGAGAGUAUACUGGUGCAGAAUGUCGGGUGAAGGGAGGUGUCCAUCAGAUCUCCACUCACCUGGUGCACAAGAUUGGGAAACGAUUUGUUUACCUGAAUCAACCCGUCUCUAAUAUAGUACAGUCCAUAGAAGGCGCUCGUGUGACGACAUCCAACAACCUUCAGAUUCUUUGUCAGCGGGUUAUCAUGGCAAUACCUCCUCAUCAUGCAGCUGCUAUUGAGUACCAGCCUCCCCUUCCUGCUGUGAAGCUAGGGUUGCUUCAGAGUGUGCCGUUGGCUUUCUUGGUCAAGUUUGCCAUAACAUAUGAGGAGGCAUUCUGGAAAGAGGACAACGAUAAGUUUCAGUACGGUUUCCAAGGUGUCCUAGAGGACUCUGAGCUGGGUCCCGUGGGUAUCGUGUAUGAUGCGUCCUCUGGCAGAGGAAAUCCAGCUUUGGCAGGCUUUAUCUCUUCAUCUCAAGGUCUUGAUGGCGACCCCAAGAGCAAGAAGGCCGUCAUUUUGAAGCUGGUGGAGAGCCUGCUGGGCCCCCAGUGCCACAAACUGCUGGAGUUCUCCCAGAUGGACUGGAGCAAAGAGCCGUACAAUGGAGGUUGCUUUCUCAAGUCUCUUAUGCCGGGCACCACAAAGUAUUUCAACAGCGAAUUGAGGGAACCUUUUGACAGAAUUCAUUUUGCUGGCACAGAAACAGCGACUGUUUGGUGUGGUUUUAUGAAUGGAGCAGUGCAGUCUGGGUUCCGAGCGGCCACGGAGGUUCUGUACCAUCUGCGUCCCUUGAUCAUCACCUCACCCGACCCUGAAGUGCCACGUCUGGAUGAUGAGGAGUUCUCCAAGGGCCGAGACUCCUCUCAUUGGCUGGCUCUGGCCAUCUUGGGGAUGGGCUUUGCUUCGGCCUAUUAUUUUUUGACGAAGACGAACAAGUUCUCCGCAGGAACGACUUUGGUCAAGAACAUACGUUUGGUAUUUGAUUCAUGAUAAUGAUAUGAUGUUUGGGUGAGAUUUGGUUGUUGACAUAUACUAAAUUGCUUUUCAGUUUUUGAGUGUCUAAAUGAGAGUGAACAUGGGUGAGAUUUGGUUGUUUAUACUGAAUAGCAUGUCGGUUUUUUUUAGAGUCUAGAGAAGAGUGAAAAAAUUAACUAAUAUAAUCAUUUACAUGUAGUUCUUGUAAUGCAAUAUUUUUAUGUACUGGUAAUUUGGGCUAGAGGAAAGAAAUGUUGUACCUUCAUGCCUUUGUCUCAAGCAAUAUUGUUAAGAGCUCAUGAAUGUGUUCAUAGUGAUGCGUUUCCUUGAGAAAAAGAAUGGGAAGGGAAAAGAUACUGCAAGAAUUGGCAUAGGGCCACAUGGGUCAAAAGGACUUUGGGCACACCCUCAAGCAACGGACCUAUUGUUCUCACACCUUUGAUCUAAAAUCCUCUGAAUGAAGGUACCAGUACUCGCAAAGUUUUUGAAGUCUUAUCCUCGUGAAUGUUGGAUAUUAUAGUUAAAGGACUGCGCUGCUGUACAUGUGGAAUCUUCUGCCUUGCACAGCAACACCAAGAAUCACAAAACAAUUAAAUACUGCUGUUAUCAAGGACGGAAAUACAAAAAAGAAAAAGUCGUUGUUCGAAGGAGGCGGCAUGUUUGUCGUUCAAGGGUAUUCUGCUAGUAAAAGUUUGUCAUUUGAGGGCGCACUCAAGACUUUCCCCCAGACUGACACUGGUGCACCACCAUGCUCUGCUUUGUGCUGGGGGGGGGGGGGGGGGGGGAGGAUUUGUCUAGUCUAAUCCUUAUGGUGCUUGCCUUUAUUUACGUAAAUCUUUGUAUCACCCUCACUGAUAGGGGCAGGGGCAUUAAACCUUUGCUCUAUACCAUUUCAUUCUCUCCCCCCCCCCACCCCACUCACAUUGCCUCGGUUACUGCAGGCAAUAAGAAGAUAGAACUGUCAUAGUUUAGACAUCUGUUGAUUAAGGACAUGAAAUUAGAAAUAGGAAUAUAUUCAUGUGAGAAAUUCUUUCCUGGAUUUUUAGAAAAUGUUGCAGGAGUUCUGGUUUCUCUUUUUCCUUUUUCUGCUCCAUUACCCAGCGUAACGCUUGGUGUAGGCAGCUGUUGGUUCUGCCACCCGAAGAGUGACUGAUAUUACUUAAAUGAAUCUAACUAAAAGCUAGUUUAAACCUUGUUGUUGAUUGAUAAGGUUGUGGUAUAAUGCCUACAGUGGGAUGUUUGUAAAGACUGGACCUCUUUGUUCCCCUUCCCUCUUCUCCAUCUCUCUCUUUCUCUCUCUCUCUUUCCUCCCUUCUUCCCCCUCUCUCUCUCUCUCUCUCCUCCCUCCCUCCCUCCCUCUCUUUUUCCACAUUUUGUCUGUUACAGAUACAAUGUAGGUGAUAGUGGUCUUUUAAAGAAAUUUAAGAAGCAAAGUGCUCACCAAUCACUUUUGUUUUGUGACUGGUUUAAAUCGAGGCUCAAAGAUUUGGUUUUCACUUUAGCAUGCAUCGCUUGGAGCAAAAUGUCAUAUUCACACCCAGUGGCUACCUCACAACUAAAGUUUUAGUUCCAAUUGCUAACUUUUUGCACACGUACAUUUAUCUCAGGGUGACUAGACCAUUUUCUGAGUUGCAGUUUUUCCUUCUGUUGAGAUUGCAACACAGGCUUUAAUAUUGUCAUCUUCCAGAACAAAAUAAAAAAAAAAAAACCAACUUUUGUUGGCUUUUAAAGGGAGAUAUGUUUCUCAGUGGCCUGCGUGAUACAGGCAAUGUAUUGGUGCUCUAGUUGCGAGCCAUUUAGUUUCUUCACAAGACUCCAUCAUGUCCUACGUGUAAUUAUUGAAUCGGACUCUUACGGACUUCAUUCUGUGUUCUACAUGUGCAGUAGAGCUCAGAGAUGAUCCAGCUGGUAAUUAUGUUUGGGUUUGGGAAAACUGUUAAUGUACAAUAAAUCUUAUUAAGCUGGCUGGGUAUGAUUAACAUUGUUUGAAUCCGGUGAAAUUGGAAUCCGUCUUAUGUUAGAAUUGUUUACCAGGGUUUUUUUUCUGGGGAGGGAAAUUACUUUCUCUUUAUGGUUAUCAUAUGUGCUUUUUUCAUGUUGUAGUUGUAGGGUAAGCAUCUCUUCAUGUAAACAAAAAUAUUUAUGCUUCAAGUUGCAAUUAUUGUUCCUCGAUUUUGUUUGCAAGAGGGAGAACGUUGUUUACACUUUAUUAAAGACUGGUGCAUGUUAUUUUUUGUAGUGUAAGUCAUGUAGUUGUUUUUAGUUGGUUUAAAAAAUUUUUUUGUAGUAUUACCAGAUUUUGAUCUCGUCUAUGUGAGUUUUCUCUCUCUUGAUUAGAAAUAGUAUUCUUCCUGUGCUAAACAUUGCUGAAGUGCAGUGAAGCUAUAUUUAUUCAGUUUGACUAGUUUGGGGAAAAAGAGGAUAGAAGAUGGCACGUGGGCCAGGAUAUGUUUACUGAGCUUUAUGUGGUGUGGACUGUUUAGGAAAUAUUUCAAAUGUUUCAGACCUAUUUGCUGUUACUCACUAAAAAUGUGUAAAACAUUCAAUCCAAGAAAAUGAAAAUUAAUAGUCUUUGUGUGACUGUUUUUAGCAUUUUGUUAUGAUGACCUUUUAUUUGGCAUACAUUACAUUUCAUCAAUUUUUUUUACAAAGUGCAGCAGUUGGUAGCCAAGCGUAAAGAUAAUUUUAAUGUUGAUUCAGUAUUUAUUAUUAUUUGUUGUUAACAGACUGGUGCAUUUCAGGGGAAGAGUGACAAAGGUUUUUUUUGCCAAGUUUACUGUUUUCUCUGUCAUUAAAUAUAACACCACAAUUGCCAUUUACACUGCAAACUUUUCCAUCUGCAUUUGAGAAUGGCUACCAAUAACAGUAUUUACAGAAAGCAUUUACAUCAUGAAAUGGAAGCAGAGCCGACUGUUGAAGCUUAAAUCCGUUGAUAGGGUUUUUGGGAUAUAAUGUUACUUUGUUUGACCUUGGUGAGGAUGGGACAUUUGCCGCCAACACUGAAUGCUAGUUGUGGGAUGUGCUUGUUGUAGCUCCUACUUCUUUUUUUUUUUUUUUGCUCCUUUUUUAUUUCAUGUAAUAUCUAUUUCAUCUUUCUGUACAACACAUUUUGAUAACAUGUGAGUGGGUUAAUAAAGACAAGACAAUAUUCCUGAAGGAAGGCCCUGAUUACUGGUAAAUGGCAUCAGAAGACUUUGCCUUUAGUUGUUGUUUUUUAAGGUUUUAGUAAGACUUUUACAGUAUUUGCAACACAAAUAAGUUAUAUAAGUAUCAGUGUUUUUUAAAGUUUUUAAGUUUUAGUAAGAGUUUUACAGUAUUUGCAACACAAAUAAGUUAUAUAAGAGUCGAAGUCAAGAUGUUAAGGGAGCGUAGAGCUUGCUGUCGAGUGGGGAUAUGCUCUACACAAAUGCUGUUUAUUGUUGUUAUUAUUAUUAUUAUUGUUAGAAACAUUACUGAACAACUGGGUUGAGGGACUGUGAAGCUGAAACCAUUGUUUGUGACAGACAUGUAGAUAAUAAGACAUGUAAUGAAAUAAUUGUUCACAACCAAAGGAUACAAUUUUCCAUGUUGUUUACUUUUGUGAUUGCUGUUGAAACACGACAUAUCAACUGUUGUAUGAAAUAAUUAUGGAGCUAUCAUGAACUACGUCACUGAUAAUUAUGUAAAUGUUUUCUUUAUAAAUUAUUAUGGUUGAAUAGCUUACGACUUUUGAGAAGUGAUAUGCGCUGUUUAAAUGUAGUUUUUAUUAUUGUUUUGUACGGAAUAUAAGUAUUGCGGACUCUUGAGCUUUCAAAUUUUUUAAACGAAAAAUGUAUUUAUCUUUACAAAAUAAUCUUUCAGCAAAAGUUUCUUUAUUUAGGAAAGUGAAUAUUUCUAUAGUGGAUUCCUUUUGAUAUAUUUGGGAAGCACUGCUAUAGAUUCAACUCUUCUUUGACAUGAAGAUUUAAAAGUUAUCAUCACUCUAUGCAGUCAUAGAGACAGUACAUUGUACCCGUACAAGAUGGUCCGCUUUCUAAAAAUAAGUGUUCUCAAAUAUUCUUCAACAAUUUUACCCACCUCUGCUGGUCAAACUUUUUUUUCCCGUUUCUUAAAUAAUUAGGCUAUCCUUGCUCCUGCUCUUGGUGUGCAAGAUAACGCCACUCCCUUAAAUUAGUAUAGAAUGUUUUAAAGUUUUGAGUAAAGAGAGGCACAGUUAAGUUCCUCAAAUAGAGGAGCGAACCAUCUUUCAAUGUUGUAUCUCUGACUCUGUUGAUCCAGUUACACCAGAAACACUUUUAUUUUCCCCAUUCCGAAAUGUUAACGUCACUGAACGUUUUUCUGGAUUAACAUACACUUCAUUAUUAAUGAAUUUGGGAUUGAGUGUUGUUUUUAAAGACUAAUUUUUUUAGAUUUUCAUUGAUACUUAUGAAAAGUAUUUAUGUGUAGUGAUGAGACACAUUUCUUGUGAGUAUUUGUCUCCCCCUGUGUUGUGCCAUAUGUGAACUAAAAUCCUCGGUUGUCUAACAUGGCAAGAUAAUUCCUAUCAGUUCAAAGGAGCAAAAUAAACUUUUCCAAUGUUU